AUGCCUCGUUCUUAUUCUCGUUCUCAUUCACGUUCGCCGAUUACAUCAUCUUAUCGUCGUCGUUCACGUUCACCAAGACGUAAUAAUAAUGAUCAAGAAGAAGAUGAUAAUAAUUGUCGUUUACAUGUUGCUGAUUUAUCAUUAAAUUGUACGAAACGUCAAAUUGAAAAAGCAUUUGAUAAAUGGCCAAUAGUUGAAGUUUGGCAUGCACAAGCAUCAUGUUUUGCUUUUGUUGUUUUACGUAAUCGUGAAGAUGUUCAACAAGCUAUCAAUGAACUUGAUGGCCGAUAUAUUGGGGAUGCACGCGUUCGAGUCACUUUAGCUCGACCACGCAUACGUACUAGUGGCGGUGGUGGUCGAAGAUAUUUUGAUCCGAAUAAGCGAUGCUAUCAAUGUGGUGGUCGAGGACAUUUCAGUCGUGAUUGUGGUAAUGAACAACAAAGCAAAAAAAAAUCUGGCAAUGGAUAUCGAUCUCGUUCACGUGAACGUCGUUAUGAACGAUCGUAUUCUCGAUCUCGUUCACGUUCACCUCGUCCACGUGUUAUUCGUGAAUAUCGUCGUCAUAGUCCUCGUCGAUCACCACCAAAAUCGAAUUAUAAAUCACGUGACAAUGGAUCUGGUUAUUAUUCGAGUCCACCUCGAACAUAA